AUGAAUAACGAACAAUUUCGGCGACUCCUCGCUGAUACGUCCUCGACCUCUAAAUCAAAUGAGCAGAAAGGCCAAUCACCGAGAAAUGCAUCCAGUGGUGGCGCCACUCCCAGCGCGAUGUUGGGUUCGCGAAUGCGCUCAAGUAUCCCGAUGACACCGUGUGUAGCCACUAUUCACAACCCUCUCACGCGAAGCUUGACCUUCGAUACUGAUCGUCUUCCUUUCUCCAGGCGCUCCGUUACUGGUGUUGAUUUUGCCAAACAGCUUGCAGACCACCGACGCGAGAGUAACGAACAUCCUGCCAAACGAUUCAAGUCAUCUGCUGCACCAAAGGGGACUAAAUUACCCACCGGAUAUCAGGACCGCGCACAACUCCGAAAUGCAGAUGAGGAUCAAGAGGAGGGUUUACAAAAGCGAGUCAAGGCGCUUGAGGAAAUGGUCAAGCUGGGCCAGAUCGAUCAGGCUACCUUUGACAAGCUUUGCGCGGAGCUUGGAGUUGGUGGCAGCACGGAGAGUACGCACAUGGUCAAGGGAUUGGAUUGGACGCUCUUGAAGCGGGUCCGAGCUGGUGAAGAUGUCACAAAAGCACCAGAAAAGCCAACGCCAGUUCCAGCGGAUGAAAAACCACUCGCUGAGGAGGAUAUAGAUGAAGCGUUUGACAGGAUGAUGGAGGAGAAAGGCCAGGAAGAGAUCAAAGCUGUGCCCAAGGAGAAGAAAGAGAAGAAAGGGACAAUGGCGCCGCCGCCAUCUCGACCGAAGACGAGGGAUGAAAUUCUCAGGGAGCUCAAGGCCAGUCGAGCCGCCGCUGCCGCUACUGCCAAAGUGCCGGCGCCGGCGCCUGAGUCGACACUGAGCUCAAAGUUCAAAAAGCUCAGCGACCGUAAGCCUGAGAAGAAGCGAUUUGUCGAGGCUGACGAGAACGGCCGUCGGCGAGAAGUGCUCUUGAUCACAGAUGCCGACGGCAACACAAAGCGAAAGGUGCGCUGGCUCGAUAAACCCAACGAGCCGCGUGGCACGCCGUCUUUGCCAAUGCCAGAUAAAGCUGCCAUGCCCUUGGGUAUGGAAGUACCUGCUGAGAUCGCAGCCCGGGCAGCUGCUGCCAGCGCGGCGCUUGAGGACGACGAUGAUAUCUUUGCGGGUGUUGGUGCUGACUAUGACCCGCUCGCUGGUAUUGAGCAGGACGAUGAUUCGUCAACUGAUGAGGAAGGCGAGUCCGUGUCAAAGCCUUCCAAGCCAAUCCCCCAGGACGAAAAGCAAGCCACACCUCAGCCGCCGCGCCCACGCAAUUACUUUGCAACCAGUGCGUCCGCCAUGGUCGAAGAAGAGCCGGAGGAUCGAUCAAACCCUCUAACAAAGGAUCCUAACAUAUUGGCUACGCUCAAACGAGCCGCUGCGCUUCGACAAACGUCUCCCUCAGAAGAGGACGAUUCAAGUCUUUCGGCGGAAGCAUCUCUCAGGCAAAAGAAGUUUCUCGAAGAGGCUCGUCGUCGUGAUGCUAUGGAUGCGGCAGAUAUGGAUAUGGGCUUUGGUGGAAGUCGCAUCGAGGAUGGUGAGGACGAUGAGAGUGUCCUGUUGGAGACUAUGACGGCCAGCAGCGGGGGGGUAACAAACGGAAACGUGGGCCAAAGAAGAAGAAAGGGGACAAGAAUAGCGUGA